AUGCUUAAAGACCUUUACAUUGAAGGAAUGAGUACAAUGAAGUGCCUUGGUUGUGAGUUCUAUGGGCAGCAGUGUGGUGCCAAACCUUUCCCCUCUCUAGAGAGACUGAGCUUUGAGUUUAUGACAGAAUGGGAGGAUUGGUCUGCUUUUGAAACAGAGGGAGUUCAGUCGUUCAGUCAUCUCAGUGAGCUUUCCAUCAUAAAUUGUCCCAAACUUGUUGGAAGAUUACCAAAUGAUCUUCCUUGUCUCAAUUCUCUCAAAAUUGAUGGUUGUCCGCAGUUGUUGAUUGAUGUUUCGAGCCUCGUUCAGCCAUCACUUGCAUCCUUGUCAAUGAAUAAUGUUAUGCUCCCAAGCCUUCCAGCACUCUUAGGGAUGAAGAACACGAUUGAACUUGGUUCCCUCACCAUGGAUAUUAGCCAUGUUACAGUUCCCGACUCCUUCUGCGAUCCAAGCACAAUUGAUGAAGAGUUACUGGCUACUGAAAUGUCUAAGCAUUUGACUUCAAUAGCUGCUUUGAGCAUUUCUCAUGUUGAAAAAUUGGCGUUCCUACCGACAUGGUUUACUCGAGAUUUGAUGGGACUCGAGAAAUUGGGCAUUAGUAACUGCGAAGAACUCAUAACAUUGUGGCAGAAUAAGGUGAGAACACAAGUAUGUCUCCCCUCCCUCUGCCAUUUGCAGAUUUCUAAUUGUCCCAAACUCGUUUGCUUGUUUGAAGAAGAGCAAGAAAAAGGAGGAGAAGGUUCGAAAGAGCAGCAACAUGAGGGGCUACCUUGCAUGACGAGACUCGAGUAUUUAACAAUUGAAGAGUGUGGAAUGCUGAAAAAACUGCCACAAGAUCUGCACACAUACACAUCUCUUGGGGUGCUUAGAAUCCGCAAUUGUGCAAGUCUGAUCUCUUUUCCAAUGAAAGGUUUGCCAUCUAUGCUGAGAGAACAUGGGGUUUCAGGGUGUGAUGCUUUGGAGUCCCUACCUGAGUUGAUGACACUCAAUAAUCUGCAAGAGUUGAAGGUUUCUGAAUGUGCAUCACUCACAUAUUUAUUGUCAAGAGGUGGGCUACCAUCCACACUAAAACAACUUUGGAUUCGUUGGUGUGCAAAGCUGGAGUCACUUUUUGCAGAGGAAGAGAUCAAAAUUGAUUGUCCAUCUCUUGAAUAUAUUGAAAUUACGUGUUGCAGCAGUCUCAAAUCUUUACCUGAAGCCAAUAAUCUCAAGAAUCUCAGUCAAUUGCAGAUAUACGAUUGUUCUAAUCUGGAGCCCCUGUCACUUGGUGGUCGUGAUGAGAACAACAACAUCAACAAACUUUCUUCUCUUCACACUUCGCUUCAAGAUCUGUGUUUAGUUUAUUGCAGAGCUGGAAUUGAAUCCUACUUUGUCAAGGAAGGGAGUUUCCCCACCAACCUCAGUUCACUUGCAAUUGGGGAUAUCAGAGUGGAGGUCGGUCAACUUCCACUUCCACUUCUGCCUCCAUCUCCAUUAGAGUGGGGUUUGCACAAACUCUCUUCUCUUACAACACUCACACUUGAUGGCCCAGAUUGGCCGUGGGGAGAUACGGUGUCCUUUCCAGAAGAAGGGAUGUUCCUGCCCACCUCUCUCAUCAAUUUGACCAUUUGGAACUUCCGAAAUCUGGAAAGACUCUCUUAUGAGGAGUUUCAAAACCUCACCUCUCUUGAAACACUUGAAAUCUGUUGUUGCCCUAGGCUCGCGUCCUUUCCAAAGGAAGGUGUCGCCACAUAUAGGUAA